AACGAACAACGUCUUGGGGGCUUGACACUUGGGGUUUGCGUGGUCGUCUCCGCAUUCUUCAUUCCCCUCGUCUUUUUUUCUCUCUCUCUCUCUCUCUCUCUCGCUCAACGCCACCAUGAGACUGUCAUAGAACAGCACGCACAGAGAGUGCGAGAGGGACAGAGGCAGAGACACCCGCACACCCGCCAACAGAAACAAGCAUGGAAAUGCAAGAUCCAUUACACCCCAACCCCAAUCCCAACCCAACUCCUCAGACCCACCCCCCUCAGAAGCCAUUCACCGCGACGACGUCCUUCUCCAUCCGCGGCUCUCACCAUCGCCGAGCCCAUUCGGAGCUCAAUUUCCGGAUCCCCGACGAUUUGGACAUCUUCUCCGAUCCAUUCGACGUGCCAUCCGCCAGCUUCGAAGAGAUCGGGUCUGAAGACGACCUCUUCCGCACUUACAUGGACAUCGAGAAGUUCGGAUCCAAAGUCGACGACGCCGCUGCAGCCGCCGCCGCUGGAAAUCCAGACGAUUUCCGGAUCGACAAUGCGGAUGCCUAUGGUGCCCGUGCAGGAGAGGGAACGGAAGGAGCGGCGGCGGCGGAUUCCGGCGGAGAUGCGGAGAAGAGCGGCCGACCUCGGCAUCGCCACAGCAAUUCGAUGGAUGGCUCUUCUAUGUCCAGAGGAGAGAGCCUGUUCGGGGACGUCAUAGAGGCUAAGAAGGCUAUGGCACCUGACAAGCUCGCCGAGCUUUGGUCGCUUGAUCCCAAGCGAGCCAAGAGGAUUUUAGCAAAUCGGCAGUCUGCUGCUCGUUCAAAAGAGAGAAAGGCUCGUUAUAUUUCAGAACUAGAGAGAAAAGUCCAGACACUUCAAACAGAAGCAACGACUCUUUCUGCACAACUCACAUUGUUCCAGAGAGAUACAACUGGCCUGAGUACUGAAAACACAGAGCUGAAGCUUCGGUUACAGGCUAUGGAGCAACAAGCUCAGCUACGUGAUGCUCUAAAUGAAGCGCUGAAGCAGGAAGUAGAAAGGCUCAAGAUUGCCACGGGAGAAAUGAUGACCCCUUCAGACAGAUACAACCUAGGAAUGCACCAUAAUAUUCCUUAUACCCAAUCUUCCGUUUUCUCCCUUCAGCCACAGCCAGGAUUGAUGGACUCCCAGAACAUGCAAGUGCCAAAGUUCCAUCCGUUCCAGCCCAACAUGUCACCCCACCACCCGCAUCUUCUUGCAGGAUCUCACUCGAAUGCCCUCUCGGAGAUGCUGCAGCCGGAUCCCCUGGGUCGCUUCCAGGGGCUCGAUAUCAGUAACAGAGGCCCCCACCUUGUGAAGUCAGAAGGCCCCUCCCUUUCUGCCAGUGAAAGCAGCAGCACAUUUUAAUUCAAUAUCUGCUGAUCUACCCGAUCCCAGCUCAUUUGUUGGAUUGUUCAUAGACUAACAUCUUAUCAACAACCCAAGUCAUUAAUUUUGAGGUUUUUCCCCCUCUUUUCUGGUUGCAAUUUGUUUUGGAAAUUUUGGUUGGGUAACAUGUAGGUUGGUCAGGUCUCAUGAAUUCAUGAGCAGUCCCAUAUUUAAUUCCGACAGGGGGUCAUUUGGGAACUGGGAAUGCGCAAUGUCUCAAGGUGUAGAGAGUUGCAUUAUUGUACGCUAAGCAUCCUUUGUGUUUUGUCUGUUCCGUGUUCAAACUUUAAAUCCUUUCUGGUGAGUUUGAGAAGAUUAAAUGGCUUAUGUUUCUAUUUAGACA